AUGAUUUGAAUGUUUUUUGCAGUUUUGCUACCUCCUUCCUUGUAGGACCAGAAUCAGGAAACAAAUAUUAUUUCUCCAUAGUGCCCUACAAGUAUCAUAGUUCAUGCUUUCUUUGAAAUAAUUUUAAUUUGGGGGGAACAGAGGAAGAUUUUUCUUAUGGAGACACUUCCUUAACACAUGUCUAUUUGAUAGUAAAUUAUCUAAGGACUUUCUUUGCAAAUGUAUUCAUAUUUUUUCAUAGUAAAAGUUUCUUUUCUCUGGGGGGAGUGUCUCACUGAAGGUGGUUUUGAUGUGAACACUGAACACUCACAACCAUGGUCAAGAUCAUUUCCAACUGCUAAGAAAGUAAGGUUGGGGAGGAUUCUUCUUGAGUUCAUGACAGAGUCAAAUGUUUCUCCAUGUUUUGGUCACUCACUCAUGCUGAUCUGAUUUGAUGGAGAAAUGAACUCAAUUCUGUUUCUUCCAAGGCACAAAAGUCAGCUUACUAUGUUGGUUCCCAGAGUUUCCUCUUAUUCAAAUGACUUGCUUGUUUGGAAGUUAUAUUUUUAAUUACCUUUUAUGGUUCCUCAUUUCAUAAGUUAAAGAAAGAAAUCUUUAGCUUCACCGUGGUGGUCAUUACUUUGACUCUUUACCUCCUUGAAAUCCUCCACCUCCAGCUUUGUCUACAACGAUGUUGAUGUUUGUAUUCUUUGCACGCAUCUUCAUCCUGUCAUCCAUGAGUCAACUUGACUAACACAAAGUAUGAAGAACUGUAUUUUGUAUAUGAGAAACAACAAUAACAAUAUCUACAAAAUUUCACAACCGAGCAGCAUCUAAAUAUUAAUUAUGAGAAUGAAGAAAUUAAAUGAAGUUGAGGAUGCAUUAUUUUUCCUGGCAAUGUGACUAACUUUUCCAUGAAGCAGAUGGCGAAGAGGAAUGUGACAGAAUUUGUUCUCCUGGGGCUCACACAGAAUCAAAACAUGCAGGCAAUUGUAUUUGUGGUGUUUUUGGUCAUCUACAUACUCUCUGUUGCUGGAAAUUUGCUCAUUCUGGUCACCAUUACACACAGUCGAUUGGUAGGGUCCCCUAUGUAUUUCUUCCUUGCCUAUCUCUCCUUUAUUGAUGCCUGCUAUUCUUCUGUCAAUAACCCUAAACUGAUUUUUGAUUCACUUCAUGAAAAAAAGACUAUCCAGUUCAAUGGUUGCAUGGCCCAAGUCUUUGGAGAGCAUUUCUUUGCAGCUGCUGAAGUCAUCCUGCUUACCGUGAUGGCUUAUGAUCGCUAUGUGGCCAUCUGCAAGCCACUGCACUAUGCAACUAUCAUGAACCGAGUAGUAUGUAACCUACUAGUGGGAGUGUCAUGGAUGGGAGGCUUUCUUCAUGGAAUCAUACAGAUCCUGUUCAUUAUUGAUUUACCUUUCUGUGGCCCUAAUGUCAUAGAUCACUUUAUGUGUGAUCUUAACCCUUUGCUUGAACUGGUCUGCACUGAUACUCACAUUCUGGGUCUCUUUGUUGCUGCCAACAGUGGGUUUAUCUGUCUAUUAACAUUUACUCUUCUUCUGGGCUCCUACACAGUUAUCCUGUGCUCACUAAGAAACCACAGUGCAGAAGGGAGGCACAAAGCCCUCUCCACUUGUGUCUCCCACAUCACAGUGGUUGUCUUAUUCUUUGUGCCUUCCAUUUUUGUGUAUAUGAGGCCUGCAAUUACAUUACCCAUUGAUAAGGCAGUUGCUGUAUUCUAUACAAUGAUAACUCCCAUGUUAAACCCUUUAAUCUAUACCUUGAGAAAUGCUCAAAUGAAAGAUGCUAUUAGGGGACUGUUCAAUAGAAAAAUUCAUUCAGAAGACAAAUAAAUAUAUUUCUGUGAA